AUGUUUUACUAUCUAGGUCAUUCAUCAUCGGAUAACGAUUCUCGAUUAUCCAACAGGUCCUCGUCCAUUUCGCGAGACUCAAAAUUUCGAGGUGGCAAUAAGUUCAAUUUGACUGAUAAUUUUCAAAAAAUUGUGCUAAGCGAUAAAGUUACCACGACGAGUAAAACCAUCAUCUCUGGAAAUGCCGACAAAAUGGCAGGAAGUAAAUGGGUGCAAGCUGGUAAAAAAUAUUUACCUAUUGCUAUUAACUAUGUCAAAAGGUAUCAUCAACGACGAAAAUAUACUACAAGAGCCUACAACAUUAUAAAUGAUGAUGGACAGUUCUACGCGGCAAAUGAGAUGAGAAACGAAUAUAACGAGCUUCCAUAUGAUAAUGGCGAUGACAACAAUUUCCUUUAUCCAACUGAUACAGAUGAUUCUUCGGCAAAAAUCGAUGAUCAAAUACCAACGGUAUUUUAUUGUCAUCAAAAAAACUUUCAUCUUACACUGAUCCCUGGAACGCUCAAUGAUGAAGGCAUUGGAAAAUGCAAUAUUGCUAAUCGAAUAGUGACAUGUCCAAUAGAAAUACAAUGCGAGAUCAGUGAAGCUGAUGAUUGUUGUGAAGAUGAAGAUGGAACUCCAUUUUGCUGCGGUCACUACGUGCCCAAAACAACAAUUUCAUACUUUCCUAGCGGUACACAUCGAACACAUUCUGAUCGUGCUAUGCGCAUCGGUACUAUGUAA